AUGGGAUUAUGUAAACCUGCAAAUUAUAAUGCACCAGAAAAUGCAAAAAACAAAAUAUAUGGUAUUUUACCUUAUAUUGCUCCUGAAAUUUUACGUGGACAAAAUUAUACCAAAGCUGCGGAUAUUUAUAGUUUUGGUAUAAUUAUGUAUGAAGUAAUUUCUGGAUUACCUCCAUAUUAUGAUGUAGGUCAUGAUAUAAAUUUAGCAGUAAAAAUUUGUAAAGGACUUAGACCAAGGUUUAAUAUCAAAGUACCCAAAUUGAUAGUGCAUCUAAUCAAAAAAUGCUUGGAUGCAAAUCAAUUUAAUCGACCAAAAGCAGAAGAAAUCGAAAAAACUUUAGGCAAUUGGUUUAGAGAAUCAUAUGAUCCUAAAUCUAAUGGUUAUGCAGAGAUAAACAAUCAAAUAGAAGAAGCAGAAAUAAUUAAUAAAAAAUCACUGAUUAAUAAUAGUACUACUAGUCUAGGAAUAUCAUACAAAACACAUUCAGAAGCAAUUUAUACCAGUAGAUUACUUAAUUUUAGUAAUCUUCCAGAGCCAAAAAAUUCUGAUGAUUAUUAUGAAAAAAAUAAUAAUAUAAUUAGCAUGAAAUUUUCAGAAUCUCUGCAAAUUGAUAUUUCUCGACUGAAUAUUAGUAAAGAUGACCAAAAUAGCAAAUCUGAAGGCAAAGAAAAAAUUUAGACCAAUUAUAACCAUAUUUAGUGUAGAAUUUAUAUACUAUAUAUUAUUUUUUUUCUCUAUUAUAAUUAUUAUAAUUUAAAAUUUCAAUUAUCAUUAAUCCUUUUUAUUUCCAGUAGUCAGUGAACUGAAAUUUUUGAUUAAUUUGAUAAAGUUAUAAAUAUGAUAAAAUGAAAGAAUACUAGGAGCGAGUAGGCAUUGAAAUAAUGUUAAACAAAAUUUUAAGUAAUACUGGCCUUAUUAUUGGGUAACUUGCA